CGGCGUCGAUGCCUCCCGGAGCCGCGGCGGAGGGCCAGAGAGGCGCGGGCGGCGCGGCCCGCCUCUCCCCGGGGACAUGGACAAGACCCCAUCACCAGUGCCAGGCCUGCCAGCCCAUUCUCCUGCCACACUUUCAUGCCAGGACCUCAGGGCUUCAAGCAGCCUCCUCGAAAGCAAAGGCGAGGAAGAGGUAGCAGCGCUGUCGGCUGCCACUCACACAUCCUCCCUGGAGGGUUCCAGUGAUCCAGGGAUGUUUGAAAGCCAGAUCCGCCCAGUGUUGAUUCGAACCCAAGACCUGCGACUACCAAAACGUAGGCCGGUCCAAGGGAAACGCUUCCAGUGUUCAGGUGACGGAUGCCACGUGGCUUUCCGGAGCAUGAAGGAGCUGCUGGAUCACCUGAAAGUUCAUUAUAGGCCCACACAGUCGAUGGAGGGCAAAACCUUCCACUGCUCUGCGUUGGGCUGUGCAGAAACCUUCCCCUCCAUGCAAGAUCUCAUGGGACACACAAGAGUCCACUGCAAGCCAAACCGUUACUUCAAAUGCGAGAAUUGCAUGUCGCGCUUCCGAACGUACCGGUCCCUCUUGAAACACUUGCACGUCUGUUCAGACAACAGCAGCCCUUUGCCAGCCCUUCUGGAGGAGAAGCCCAUCUUUCCUACUACCUCUGGCCUGGAGAAGGAGCCUCCGGGGAAGUUGCUGGACCGGCUCCCCAAAUUCCAGAGCGUCAUCCAGCACGUGAAGAAGGAAGCCUCCUCCCCCAGCGUGAUGGAUGCGCCCUUGGCCCUGGCAACUGACUCGCUCCCCACAGGCCUCCCCAGCUCCCUGGGGCCUGUUCCCUUGCCCUCAUCAGCCCCUCACCCCUUUCCUUUGCUGGAGCCCUCCCUCUUUGGACCGCCCCCCCUGGCACGCUUCUCUGGGCCACCUCAGUCUUCAGUUCCAGGGCCAUUCUUGCCCUAUAUGCACCCCUCAGCAUACCCUUUACCUCAGAACCGUCUCCGGCCAUACCUUCCUGGCCAAGGCCUUCCUGUCUCCAAUGCUGUAUGGAAGAAAAGCCAAGGACACUCCUCCAAUAGUCGCAUUGUGUGGGAACACACCCGGGGGCGUUACAACUGCUUGCAGUGUCCCUACUCCACCGCCUCAAGGGAGGAGAUGACCCAACACACGGAAGACCACCGCAAGAACCCGCCUCCCCCUGGCCGCCUGGAGGGAGAAAUGGACUUUGGAGUUGGCCUCCCCUCAUUCCACUCAAAGAUGACGCCAGAAAUGGAUGCCUCCCUCUUCUCGCCGCUCUGAGGUUUCUGCUGUGUGGACCGAAUUUUCUUCCGUUUGUUUUCUGAUUGACCCUGGAAGGGGGAGGAGGAGGUGCUGGGGAGCAUUUGCGCCCCGGGGGGGCAAGAGGUGCCUCUACACAGAGGUGGGUUGGCAAUCCAACAGGUCUUUGGGGGGUUUCUUUUUCUUUUUUUGAACAUCCACAUGGCCUUGUCUCCUAAUUGUCCACUUUGGGGGUUUCCCUCUGCUUGGUUGUGAUUUUUUUUGGAAAGAUCACAUUCUGGAAGUCCACCUUGAAUCUCAUCCUGAAAUGUAGACUGUCAGUGAUAUCAGUAAAGGCAGCAUCUUUGCAUGCCACGUGGACAGGAAGGCACGCAUUUUGGAUGGUCUCCCCCACCCGUGCUGAUGCCAUGUCCCUUGCUUGACUCGGCCCACAGUGGCCCAGCAAGUGGUAGCUGACUGUAGCGUGGGAAUGAUCUGCUACUACAGCGUGGCCCCUUUACACCCCCAGCUCUCGUUUUAAAAGCAAAGCUGGCUCUUUUCAUUGCAGAGAUGUUGUACCCUCUUUGAGGCUUUUUUUAAACAGAGGGAAGGAAUUUAGAGGGCUCAGUGGACCGUGCCAACAGAUUGUUACCGUGCUCUUGCGAUCCAGCAGUCACAGAUAGUAACGUCUGGAGUGGAAGAGGGGUGGGGUGGGGGGCUGGGGCAAGGGAAGUUCUCUGGAAACUGGCCAUUGAGUGGAAGGAGCCAGCGCCGGGAUGCUGGGCAAAGGGGUCUCUGCCUGUGCCGACUGCUUCUGCCUUGAAGGAGGAUGUGUUGCUGGAAACUUCAUGCCACUUAGGCCAAACGGGGAAGGUGUGAAAAUUAUUUUGGAGGCUUAAAUUAAUCUAGGACCGUUCUGUGCAUCUCUCCUUCCUCUGCCUUUUUUUAAAAGUUUGGUUUCUCUCGAUUUAAGGCAAAACCUUUCCCUCCUUAUAGAUGAGGUUCAGAUUUGCUCAGGUUUGUUAGUGGGCUACUGCUGCUUUUGAAGAAAAAUGAAAUGAGAAUUAAUUCUUGAAAAUAAAUUGAAAUUGUAACCAGA